AUGGCUACUACCACAUGGCAUGGGGUGGAGCUGAUGGAUGCAUUUGGCUCACUGACAUCUGAUGGUGCACGUCUUCUAGAGAAGGAACGACAUGAUGAACAUCUAGCUGUGGUCUUGUUCACGAACGAGGACGUUGUAGCCUUAUGUGGUGAAGGUCUUGUACUACUAGCGAGUAUCGCAUCCAUUGAGGAAGAUGUUCACGUACUGAUACUCGAUGUUAAUACAUCUGAGACUGGAGAAUCUCUUGAGCAGUUCAUUGGUGCAUUCUGCGUGCUCUCGUCGCUGGUUGUUUCGUGUUACGAUGACAUUGGGUCGACGCAAUGCAUUGUUCCCUUUUUACCUCCAUUUCAGUCAUUGUAUCAGACUUUAAUGAGAGAAUUUGACAUUAUAGAAGUAUUUGAGAUGCUUCCUAAGAUGAUGAACAUUGAUUUGUCACCAAGUCACUCGCUUAAAGACAAGUUGGCGGAUACUGAGAAGGACGAGAGACCGUCUAGUGUCGAAGCACUUGAAAGUCUCAUCAGGUUCAAGAGAGUGGGGCUAUUUUACCCUUUAGACAUAGCGCAGAUGAACUAUGAUGAGUUUUGUGGGUCGCAUGCAACUGUCAAGAGGUUGUUCGGGCUAGAGAUGACUGGAGAAAUGCUGGCCGCUCUCCUGCGCAAGUUGUCAAUUCAGGUGUUUCAACAUGAACCGCUAGAUCUUGGAACUGCGUGGGACGACUUUGUGGAAUACAAGUGUCGUCUGCUAGCCGAGGAUGCAUUGUCCACUUAUGUGGACUGUGUGCAUCCGUCUGUGCUAGAGCAUCCGCCCAUGGAACUAAAAGCAUUUACGCAACUUCAUGAAGAGAUUUGGCGUCUAAGUAUGGACGUCUACCAUUCUGCGAGCAAGUAUAGAUCCACUAGGUACCGAACUGUGCGCAACAAGCUAAAAGCUGACAUUCGUGCGCACUACGAUACUGAGUUAGGCAUUCUCACGCAGACGUCGCGUAAGUUCUGCGCAGAGUUGCGACAGACUUUGUGGGCAGAUCUCUAUACGCGUGCCAUAAACUCGCGAGAUGGCGACACAUUCACUGCAAUGUUAGCUGCGAUCCAAGAUUUUGACAAACUUUUUAACGAGAAGGCACGAGGUCCAGAGAAAGCUUCUGUGCUUCGCGACUUUUACCAGCAUGAGGUGAUUGGCGCCUUUAAAAAGCUUGAAAAUGUCGUGACGCAGCAGCUUAGCGAGUCUCGACUGGAAGAGUUGCGACUUCAGCUUGAAACAGACUUCGAAAACAAGAAGAUGGCUCUUGUGAAGCAUUUCAAGCAAGAGGAAGCCCAACUGCGUGCUGGAAUGGUGCGAGACAUGGAGACAAUGCAAAAGAUGCACGAAGCUAAGGCCGCCCGUGUAAAAAUUGAUGGGAGCGAGGCCAAACGGCUUCGGGAUGAGAUAAACGAGAUGAAACGUCAGAAUAGUGAGCUACAAGAAAAAACAAUUGUAGUCGAGCACACCCAGCAGGAUAUAGCAAACCAAAAGGCUGUUCUUGCAAUGAAGGUGGAUGAAUUGGAAACUGCAGUGCACCGCGAGAUUGCGAAUCGCACAGAGAUCGUGGAUACACUGGCGUUGACAAUCAAAAAUGCCGAGGAAAAAGAGAAAGAGCUUCACGAAAAAAUUGCGGAGUUGCAGCUUGAGCUGGAAGAGAAGACAAUCCGCAUUAAGGGUGAGCUGCAAGAUCUUACUCAGCAGCUGCGAAAGACUACCGAGGAGAAGGGGGAGCUUCAAAAGAAGCUCAACGAGUUUUUCCUGAAGGUGACAGCGCUACCAGAGGGUCUGCAGCAGCACCUCUUCUGCAUGGAAAAUGGUCAAGUCGAUUUUGCAGAAGCUCUUACAAGCUUCAUGAGCGAAUAG